AAGUUGGAAAAACGAGCGAAAAUCGUGAGAUAAUUGUUUACAAUUACGUUUUAAAUCAUCGACACCACUUAUUGCUCAAUUAAAAGAGUAUAAUUUUAGUCAGCAGUGAAAAAAUCAUAGAUCACGACAGUUUAAAGCUAUCUUUUUACCAGUGAAAUGUGUUAAUUCCGGCAUAAUGCCUGCUAGGACUCGCACAGUCAGAGCGCCAAAAGCGUCCAAAGAAAAUGUAGAGAACCUGCUCAAAAAUAAGACGAAAAACACAAGGCAAGCCACAAAACCGGCACGGAAACCCCUAGCGGAUAAAACGAACUCGGCCUCAGAUGAAAAUACUAGUCCAGAGCACGUCAAAAAGGUUAUCAAGAAGUCGAACAAACCAAUACAAAAACCUAUUGCAGCAGUUCCGGUCACUGUUGACGAAAAUAGACCACGUCGAAACAGGCGUCUGCCGCCUAGAUAUGUUGAAAACGAAGUGUUAAACAGCCUCUCUAACAGUAAAGAAAAUGCAGUUUCUCCUACCAAGUCACUUAAAAAAACCCCUGUUAAAAACACUGUGAAUGUAGAAUCGCCUUUCAAAACGCCAACUACAGUACUAGAUAACAGUCUGCUUGCAAAUAGACCGAAGAGAGUCAGCAGGCUACCUUCUAAAUUUGAUGAAAACUCAAGUCCUAACAAAUUUGUUCCAACUCAUUGUCAUACUAGCACACCAUUGGUGUCUAAAGGACAUGAGAAGCCUAAAGAUGUUAAAAAUGUUGGCAAACAAAAACAGGCCCAACAACAAAAAAUUGAAAAUGAACCAUUGCAAAUAACACCUCAAAGAGUUUCACCAAGGAAAGGUACAUUGCAGAAAGCGGCACCACAAAAUACUUCAUCAGAAAAAGCUAACUCACAGAAAGUUACACCUCAAAAAAGUCCUCUAAAACCCAACAAAGUUACACCAUUUAAAACUAAGGUCACUCAGAAAAAACUUGUACAAAAGAAAUUAAGCGAAGUUGUGAACAACAACACAGAUACAAACUUAAAUCAAAAACAAGACAGGGUAAGACGGUUAAGAAAACCUGUAGAAUAUAAAGAGGACACCCUAAGUCCUAAAUUAAAGAGUCCUGAAAAGAAAUCAACAAACACUGGAGGCAAGAAAAUUUUAAAAGCAAAUUCUUCAUUUAGAAUUCUAGAAGAGAAAAAAUCGAAAAAUGGUGAGCAAGAUAUUUAUGAAUUCAUAUUUGAUCCAACUGAAGAGCCUGCACCUCAAAAGAAGAAAAAGAAGAAAGUUACUACUAGAAAACCAACCAAACCAAAAACAAGGGUCUAUAAGAACAAUUAUGAGAAAAACAUCGCAAAAGCUUUGGCAGACUUGAAAAAUGUAGUCACCAAACAAAAACCAGACAGUCAAACCGCACCAAAAACCUCAAAUACUGUGCAACCAGGUAAUGUUGUGCAACAAGCAAGUAACAAAGCAGCAGUCUCUGCACCUAAUCCCUCUUCAACAGUCAUCAGCACAGUUGCAGAGAUACACCCUGAUUAUGAGAAAAACAUGGCAAGUGGUUUGGUAGACUUGAAAAAUGUAGUUACCAAACAAAAUCCGGAGAGUGAAACAGCCACAAAAGCCUCAAAUACAGUGCAAACAGGUAAUAAUGUUAUGCAACAAGCAAGUAACAAAACAGCAGUCUCUGUACCUAACCCAUCUUCAACAGUUGCUGAGAUACACCCUGAUUAUGAGACAAACAUGGCAAGAGGUUUAGCAGACUUGAAAAAUGUAGUUUCUAAACAAAAUCCGGAGAGUAAAACAAUCGCAAAAACCUCAAAUACUAUGCAACCAGGUAAUAAUCAACACAGUUCAAUACUCAUCAGCACAGUUGCUGAGAUACACCCUGAUCCAGCUCAAAAUACUUCUGUAAGAAGUAAUGUGUCCACUAAACAUGUUUCAUAUAGGGUUGAAGACAUUGCUGCCGAUUUUGAUGCUUCCAUGGAUCAUGAAAUUAACUACUCUCCAGUGAUUUCGCCUCACAGAAUUGAAACAGAGCCAGAAAGUUGUCCGUCCAAUACAAACCCAGAGUACAGGCCUGAUGAUCCUCUAAAUUUGCGUAAUGAUUUAAGCUUCUUUGAUGAGCAACCUGUCGCAAAUAGUAGUAUGAAUACAUCAAAGAACCCAUCUGCAACACCGUGGCGUGCUGAAUUUGAAAAUCUACCCAUUAAAUGGCAGGCAAACACAUAUGUGAAACCAGACAUGACUCCCGCUUUAGAGUGCUCAUUUGUCAACCAUUUUGAUGAUAGCAAGAAGAAACAUGUUUAUACUAACAUGGUUACAGAAUCUAAUGAUCCUUUACCAGAAUUAGAAGAUGCAGCACCCAAGUUAAAGCAAACAAGCAUAAUUUCAUUUAUCAAAGAAGUUUGUGAAAAGAAAUCUAAUAGAAAGAAGAGGGGAGCCUCAGCCACACCUACAAAAGCUAAUUCAUUAUUUGAUAUGUCUAAUGUAACAAGAAACGUAGCCACACCAAGUAAAGAAACAUCUGGGGCUUCCAACAACAGUGCAGAUAAUGAAAUUAGUGACCACAACAAACCACAGAAACGUAAAAAUAAUGAUGAUAAUAAUCCCACUCCAGCAAAACUACCUCGUAAAGACAAUGAGAAUACACUAUUCGGUUUUGAUGACAGUGAAAAUCAGGAGAAUGUUUCACCAGUAAAAGUGAAUAAUAACAGAUUACGAAGCCUCAGGUCACGAUCAGGAGCUGUGCUCAAAGAAAUAAAUAAGCAAACGGGACCUAUGAGGGCUGAAUUACCCGCUGCAAUGAAAGCUAAGCUUGCUCCAAGCUCGGAGGCAGUGGAGAAGAUCUAUGAUCAGAUGAAGUCUGCCGCUGAUGCACCUGUGUUGCUGCAUAAGCAGGGAGAUGCUGAGGUUACAAAUGUUGAGAUGGCUGAUGGCUUGGAAGAUGACAGCCAAUCAGUGCAUUUAUUUGAAGAUAUUGAGUUGGUUCAUCAUUUGAAGCCAACCCGCAAAAGCUAUGGCAAGGCCAAAAAGGUGACUUUCCAAAACUCAUCCGACAGCGCGUCUGAAGACGAAGCUCGCAACCAAUCCAGUGAUGAAGAAGUCGACAACCUUGAAGACUUGAGCUUCCAUCUACCGCAGGUUAAGGCCAAGAAAGCCACUAAGAAGAAGAAAACUAAGAAACAGGUGCUGUCAAAGAAAGAGAAAGCAGAGGUGGACGCCUGGGCAGCAUGUUUCAACUCGAUGUGCGAGGACAUUGAAGAAUUUGACUUGGUGGUUGAAUAGAUCUGUAAAUAUCAAUGAAAUCAUGGAGCAGUCUUCUAAGUUUAAUGCAAGAACAAUGAAAACGGGUUGUAAUUCCAUGGAGAAUGCCGUACACGGCGGGCAGAAGUUGAUAUCUGGCAAGAAAAAAUUGAAGAAAUUUGAACCUUAUGGAAGUUUAUUUUAAGUUCAAAUUUCUUCAGUAGAAUAUCUGGAGUUAUCAAGUUCUUCCCGCCGUGUAUGGAAUUUAUGUAUCCUUUUCAUUGGUUCUGAAUAUUUUUGUGUUACAACUUACGACUGAAGAUCACCACAGGCUUAUCUUAUUAGCGUCCCUUGCACCGUCCCACUAACCCGGGGUUAAAAGGUUAAACCUGGAGUGAUGUUUACCAGUACAAUUUGACACUGGGUUAGUGGGAUGGUGCAAGUGGGCCUUAGAGUAAGAAUAAAUCUUACUAAAGCCAUCCAUUUUUUAGAAAUCAUCUUUGUUUUACAGCUGUAAUUUUUUUUUGAACAUUCAAAGUCAUUAUCACGUUAAAACUGACCAGUAAUAUAUGAUCAUUGUCAAGAGGGCGUUCUUAUUUUUAACCGACUUCAAUUUCAUAGAAGGAGGAGGUUCUGUAUUCGGUUGCGGCUAUUUUUUUUCAUGUAUAGGGUGAUAGUUCAGUAAAGUAUGAAAAAAAAGUUCCAGUGAAAUUCCGCAACACGGCGCGUGAUCAUAUAUUCCUGGUCAGGCUUUAAUCACAGUAUUCGUCGUAAUCACACUGUAGUUUAAGUAUUCUUAUAGUUGAGAACAGACAAAACUAUGUUCACUUAAAGAUUUACGCCAUUCUACUCUUUAUUGUUUGCGAUAUAAGGAGUUUAAUCGCGUGUAAAUUAAAGUGGACUUAAACCGUUCUGACUCUUAUGUAUAAAUUGGUCUAUUAUGUAUGAGUUUAUUAUCAUGAUCAUGACUUAGUUUUUAGUUUCAAAAUAACCAAGAAAUUUUUAGUGCGGCCAUAUUUAAUAUUUGCCAUACAUGUACGAGUACAAAAUUCGUCAUAAAUUUCUUUUUUACAUGACAACGCGUUUUUUUACAAAUUAAGUAUAAUAUUUUUAGUUUUACUUUAAGUCUUAUAAUAUAAGCGGAGUGGAGAUUAGGUUUUUUUUUAAAAUUUAGACAAGUAAACUUCUGUGAAUAUUUUAUCGGUUUAAAUUUGCAUAUUCUUUUAUUUAUAUAAAGCAAACAGGAUUAAAAAAUAUAGCAUACCCUUUUCUUUAUAUGUAUAAGUAACAUUUAUAUAAUUUUAUAAUAUCAAUUCAUAUCAUGACUUCUAAGACUUUUAAUAGAAAAAAAAAACAUAUGAUUCGUCAGUUACAUAUGUGUGCAGUCAGAAUUUUUUAAGAUAUCUAAAUGUUAUAUUAUGAACAACUCUUAAUAACAGGGAUACCUUAAAAAUUAACCAUACUCGAGGAUUUUUAGCACGGAUUCGCUGCUAAGUCAAAUUAUGCAUUUAAAAUACAAGUUUAUAGUAAGUUUUGUUUUAAGUGAAAUCUAAUAUAAGUACCUAGUGAGUGUGCUGUGGUUAUAUUUAUCAGAUUUUAAGUUUUAAGUGGCAAUCUGAAUUAAGUUGACAUUUUGAUCUGUAUUGAUCUUAAUUUUAAUAUCUCGAAUGUUGAUAUUAAUGUACCUAAUUUGAUUUUAUUAAUAAUGCCGGUCAUAGUGUUUUUAACAUUACUAUUUAACAAUGAUUGAGUUAAGAUGUGUAAAGUAUAAGAAAAAAGCGGCCAAGGGCGAGUCGGGCUCGCCCAUGAAGGGUUCCGUAGCAGCAAGUAACAUAAUACAAUUGCGGUUUACGAUUUAUGACGUAUUAAAAAAAACUACUUACUAGAUCUCGUUCAAACCAAUUAUCGGUGGAAGUUUGCAUAGUAAUAUACAUCAUAUAUUUUUUUUAGUUUUAUCAUACUCUUAUUUUAGAAAUUACAGGGGGGGGGGGCACAUUUAACCACUUUGAAAGUGGCUCUCGCGCAAACUAUUCAGUUUAGAAGAAAAUUAUAUUAGAAACCUCAUUAUAAUUUUUGAAGACCUAUCCAUAGAUACACACGUAUGGGUUUGAUGAAAAAAAAAAAUUGAGUUUCAGUUCUAAGUAUGGGGAACCAUACGGACGGAUGGACAGACAGACAGACAUGACGAAUCCAUAAGGGUUCCGUCUUUUGCCAUUUGGCUACGGAACCCUAAAAAGUAUCGUCUAGUUUGACAGUUGAAGAAAAUGGCGCUGUAUAGGGAGCGUAAACGAACUGUAGGGGGCAGCACAGAAGCCUCCUAUUCAUUGGCGCGAAGCACAUUGUCAUGUUUUUAUGUUUAGAUUUAAGCCACUAGAUGGCAGACUACUACGCGCAAUAGAGUGUGCGUGGACAGUAGGGGGCAGCACCUGCUUAGGUGUUAAUGGGGUUGGCCGGUGGAAGUUUUUAGCAUAUGGCGCCAUCAUAGCUUCUCCCUGACCUCCUCUUCCUGUAUUAUUUGUAUUGUUUUCUGUAAUGAGGUGUGCAAUAAAGAGUAUUUGUAUUGUAUUGUAUUGUAUAGCUUGCCCUGUCAAUCCCUAGAAUUGUGUGACAUUUUUGGUUUUUUUUUAAUACCUUGGAUGCCAGCCCUUUAAGCCAAAUCUCAUAGAAAAAGGGGCAAGCUAUGAUGGCGCCAUCUAUGCAAACCUUUGACAGUUGCCAACCCCAUUGUUGAAGUUUUCGAUUGAGGUCAAGAGAUGGCAGAUCAACACGCACGGACUCUGUGGCGCUGUUUUUAGUAACUUAAUUUUCAAAGGCCAACUUUUGAUAAACCUCAUAAUUUACGGGGCCGUACAGCGCCAUCUACAUUAGCUGUCAAAUUUGAAGCACGAAGUCAUCUAACUUUAGAUGUCUAAUACCAAAAAGAAUAGAUAGUAUAGAGGGGUCCUGUCAUUGUCAAUUUUGUAGUCACGGUACAUUUACUGCCAUCUAUCGACACACGAUUAAAACUUAAAAUAAAAUUGAAAAUGUAUAAAAUAAUCAAAAUAUGUUAACGGAUAAAUGAUUCUUAGUUUUUAUUGUUUCCUACUGACCCAUGUUCUUUCACUGAUAUGUGUUAAAAUUGUUAAAUACCAAACGGUGUCGUUAACGCCACCUAGCCGAGAAUAGUAAAAAGGUAAUGGCGCCAUCUAUUCGAGAACGACUUUUCCUUGGCCGUCCGAGGCACGUUUUUUUCUUAGACUUUAUUUAUCUUAUACGGAGUUAUAUAUAUCUCUGCUAAUACAAUCAAUAAUUAUUUGCAAUUACGACAAUAAUGUGAUGAAUUGACAAUGUUUUAUUUUAACACUGUAAUAUUUAAAUAAUUAAGUAACUAAUUUCUCUAUAAAGAUUAAUUUAAAUUUUAAUUUCAGUUUACCACGUGUAUGUGUCGGCGGCCGAUCGUAAGAUCAGGCAGAUCGUAAUGUUCCUGUGUAAUGUUUUGACGAUAGUCACAUUAAACCAAUAGAUAGACAGGAUAGGUUCCUUAGGUUGCUUCAGAUGCCCGAAGGGCAAACUGCCCAGAAAUAGGA